UGAAUAUUUGUGUGGUUUUGCGCAGAGUCCUGAUGGUGAUAUAAUAGACUGUGUCGUGUCUCAUCAGCAACCAGCUUUUGAUCAUCCUUUUCUCAAAGGACAGAAACCAUUGGAUCCUCCAGAAAGACCAAAAACCAGUCAUUACCAAAUGGGUUCGUUGAGUGAUGAGAAUUUUCAGACAUGGACUUUGUCUGGAGAAUCAUGUCCUGAAGGAACAAUCCCAAUCAGAAGAACAAGAGAAGAAGACAUGUUAAGAGCCAGCUCGGUUCGCAGAUUUGGAAGAAAAAUCAGAGGCCGUGUGAGGAGGGACUCAAAUAGUAAUGGCCAUGAGCAUGCAGUUGGAUUUGUGAGUGGUGAUAAGUAUUACGGAGCAAAAGCAAGCAUAAACGUGUGGGCUCCACGUGUGACGAAUCAAUAUGAAUUCAGUUUGUCUCAAAUUUGGGUCAUUUCUGGUUCAUUUGGGCAAGAUCUCAACACCAUUGAAGCUGGCUGGCAGGUCAGCCCUGAGCUAUAUGGCGACAGCUACCCCAGAUUCUUUACUUAUUGGACUAGUGAUGCUUAUCAAGCAACUGGGUGUUACAAUUUAUUGUGCUCUGGCUUUGUUCAAACUAACAAUAGAAUUGCAAUUGGGGCUGCCAUUUCACCUACUUCUUCUUACAAGGGCGGACAAUUUGAUAUUAGCUUGCUUAUUUGGAAGGAUCCGAAGCACGGGAAUUGGUGGUUGGAAUUCGGGUCGGGCAUCCUAGUCGGGUACUGGCCGGCGAUGCUGUUCACGCACCUGAGGCAACAUGCAAGCAUGGUUCAAUUCGGAGGAGAAAUAGUGAACUCGAGAGAGUCGGGUACCCACACAAUGACCCAAAUGGGAAGCGGGCAUUUUGCGGAAGAAGGAUUCGGAAGAGCCUCUUACUUUCGAAACUUGCAAGUCGUUGAUUGGGACAAUAACUUGAUUCCUUUGUCCAAUCUUCGGGUCCUUGCGGACCACCCGAAUUGCUAUGAUAUCCAAGGCGGUGUUAAUCGUGUGUGGGGCAACUAUUUUUACUACGGUGGACCCGGCAGAAACGUCAAGUGUCCCUGAUUAGUGAUAAAUUGCAAACCCCCCGAGGGGGGAAUUUAUUUUUGGGCAUUCUUGGGCAAGCUUCUCAGGCUGAUUAUUUAAUAAUAUUAAUUCUUGUUAUAUUAGUAUUUUUUUUUUAGGAUUUUGCAUUUUGACUAACCAGUCAUCCAUUGCUUAUAGACACUUGUGUAAAUCUCAAACAAGUUGAAUACUAAAUAUAAUAUCCUCAUUUGUAUCUUUGUUAUA